GCAGGCAGUGACAGACUCGGGCUGUCAUGGCCGCCGCUGCCCUCCGGAGAGUGCUGGCACUCAGGCCCGGCCGUGCCGUGUGCCUGCCCAGCCACCGGCUGCCUCAAAGGCUCUACGGCAACGCUGCGGUGCCUGUGGAACGCCGGCUGCCGUCCUCACACAAGACCCCGGAUGCAGAUGAUGGUGAUCCUGUAUUAACAAAUCCCCUGAAACACCCAGAUUUUUUCCACUUGAGUGAGCUCUUCUCCCUAAAGGAGCUCUUUGAUGCCAGAGUGCACCACGGCCACAAGAGGGGCUGUCGUCACAGGCUGAUGGAACGCUACAUCUAUGGCUGCCGCCUGGAGCAAGACAUCAUUGACCUGGACCAAACUGUGCCGCUGCUGCAGGAGGCGCUGAACUUCACAGCUCACUGCGCUUACCGAAAAGGGGUCAUACUCUUUGUCAGCCGAAACCGCCAGUUUUCUCACCUGAUUGAAAACACAGCGCAGGAGAGUGGGGAGUACAGCCACACCCGGUACUGGCGGGGAGGCCUCCUGACCAACCCACACGUACAGUACAGCCCUGGGGUGCGGUUGCCCGACCUCCUCAUCUUCCUCAACACCAUGAACAACGUCUUCGAGCAGCACAUCGCGGUGAGAGAUGCCGCCAAAAUGAACAUCCCCACGGUGGGGAUAGUGGACACAAGCUGCAACCCAUCACUGCUCACAUACCCGAUUCCAGGCAAUGACGAUACGCCCUCGGCGGUUGAAUUAUAUUGUAAGCUCUUUAAGAUGACUAUCCUCAGGGCAAAAGAUAAGAGGCGGCAGAUGGAACUCUUGUAUGAGGGUAAAGAAGUCAAAUGAACCACUGUAUUUAAAAUCACUGUAUUAAAAUCUGUUUUAACAAA